AUGCUGCGCUUCCCCGUGAAGAAGAUCCGGAAGCAGUUCAAGCUCCUGCUGCUGCUGGUACUGCUCACCUCCGCCGUGUGGUUCACCUACUUACACAUAAACCAGGGCAAGACCAUCAAACUCCACUUCAACUACGGAAAAGAUGGAGAGAGGCAGACAGAGGGGACGGACGCCAGCCGCAAGAGGGACACUCGCUCCUCAACCGGCCACCACAAGAAUGAGGACACCAGCGACAGCAGGGAGGAAGAUGCAGCAGAUGACGAGCCAAUCACAGGGGCCGAUGGCAGAGACCAUACCCGCAUCCGGAAAGUCCUCGCCCAGCGCCACAAGAAACUACCAUGGAAACCAGAGUAUAAGAGCCAGGCCAACCUACAUGUGUUUGAGGACUGGUGUGGUUCCUCUAUAGCCCAACUCAGAAAGAACCUGCACUUCCCUCUCUACCCUCAUACAAGAACCACAGUGAAGAAGCUGGCAGUGGCUCCAAAGUGGAAGAACUAUGGCCUGAGAAUAUUUGGCUUCCUUCACCCUUACAGAGAUGGAGAUUUCCAGUUCUCAGUAUCGUCUGAUGAUAACUCAGAGUUCUGGCUGAGUCCUGAUGAGAGCCCUCUAAACGCCAGGCUGCUGGUCUAUGUAGGACAGCUGGGUACAGAGUGGACAGCUCCAGGCGAGUUCAGCAAGUUCAGGUCCCAGUCCUCCAAGUCUGUGCACCUGAUCUCAUCCAGACGAUACUACUUCGAGAUCCUCCACAAGCAAGACGAUAAGGGCUCAGAUCACGUGGAAGUUGGGUGGCGUCCAUUCCUCCCCGGACUGAAAUAUGAAGUGAUAGACUCAGCCUACAUCUCACUAUACACAGACGAGUCCAAUCUCAAGAUGAACAGUGUGGACCACAUCCCCCAGACCUUGGCCAGUCACAUCCGUCUCCCAGAGGAGUCUCAGCCCCAGGGCCUGAAUGGAGGCAGCAUCAUGCGGCAUGGAGCGGAUAUGCUGAAGCCAGACCCCAGGGACACCUUCUACAGCACUCCAAUGAUUGACCCCUCCCGCCUGGAAAAUGUUCUGCCGGCCUGCCUCUACUCUCCAACCUACGUAGUCAAAGAUUUUCCCAUCGCCAGAUACCAGGGCCUGCAGUUUGUGUAUCUAUCUUUUGUCUACCCCAACGACUUCACACGACUCACCCACAUGGAGCGAGAGAACAAGUGCUUCUACAGAGAGUCACCUAUCUACUUAGAGAAGUUUGGUUUCUACAAAUAUAUGAAGAUGGAUGAGGAGGAAGAUGACAGACCAUUUUUCUUCCCCAACCCAGAUGAUUUUUUAGAGGAAGAGGAGGUUGUAGAUGCUGAGGACGAGGCAGAGAUUGUUGGCACGCAGGCGCCCAAAAAGCCUUCUCAUCCCAGCCAGACCAGCCACACCUCCAACCCCUCCCAUCAGCACUCAAGACCUGGAACUACACCAGCUGGCAGAGAAGGGGAGGAAGAAGUGGAGGACCCUGAUGAAGAAGACGAGGGAGCAAUCAACAAUAUUAUACACCGCAGAGAAAGGAGACACUUUCCUCGCAGAGACGUGCAGAUGGGUAGGGAUGUGGAUAGAGACUGGGAAAAAGAUCAUACACGGGGGAACAUGAGAUAUGACACCAGAGAGAGGCCUCCAGAGCCACAGUCUACACACAGUGUGGUCCGUGCUCGCUCCCUGUCCUGGAUCCGCACAGCUUCUGCAGAGCUUGGCCCUGGCAGGAAAGGGGGAGGAACAGGAAGAGGAGGAGGAGGAGAGAAGGGAGCUGAGACUCCACCUAAACUGAGCAAGUCUUCACUUCUUUUCCCCCAAAAGUCCUCCCUCUCUGCCCUUGCCAGCCGUGCCAAACAGAUCCUCAGCAACUCUGCCCACAGCAACAACUUCCACGAAAACAACAACAAGCUCACUGGAAACAAGAAGGAGAAGAGGGAGGAGAACAAGAUCUAUAUCACUAGGCCCCGGCCUGCCAGGGAGAGGGAGAGGGAGAGGGAGCAGCGUCGAGAGAGGAGGGAGGAGAGGGCAUCUCGCCACCCAAGAGAGGUGUUCCCGGGUGUAUUUCUCUACCAAACUGGGAAGACCACCAGGCUGGUCAACCUGGGUGCCAAGGGACAUGCUGCAGGCAUAACAGGAGGUAGGAGCCUAGUUAGUGCCCCUCACCUCUGGCCAAAUCCUCCUACAAAGGAGGAAAAGACACUUUCUCACAACGGAAGCAUCAACAUGCACAAGGAAAGUGUGCAGAAGUCUGCAAACAGGGCAGCAGUAGCAAAACUACCAGACAAAAGCAAGAUGAGAGGGCAGCACCAGACUUUAAAGACUACUGUCACUGCUGAUCUGCCAAGCAAAGGAGAUCCUCAAACAUCUCUGUCCCAUCACAAAGAUCCCCCUCCCCCUACCCUUCCACGUCUGAACUCCACAGAAAAUACGCUACAAGGUCAGUCACGGGUCACCUCUUACCUCAGGACAUCAGAGAUUACAGAGUCCCAGCAGCAGCCAGAUCCAGACCCCAACCCAGCAGAACUGGACCAGGAUACAAAUCACUCUAAUCCUGACCCCGACCCUGACCCUGAGCCAGAACCAGAGGAGGGAGAGCUGUCAGACUACAGCUACGAGGAGGUCGAGGCCCGACCAGGCUGGGCGGAAGAGAGCAUCAACUGGCAGAGGACCUUCUCGGUCAAUCCAAUGGACUUUGAACUGCUGCGCUCUGACUGGAAUGACCUGCGCUGCAAUGUGUCUGGCAACCUGCAGCUGGCAGAGAGUGAGGUGGUGGACGUGUUGGCGCAGUACAUGGAGAAACUCAACGAACGCAACGGAGGGAUCUACACCUUGCUGCGAAUCAUCAAUGUUGAGAAGCGGCGUGACUCGGCGAGGGGGAACCGUUACUUGGUGGAGCUGGAGCUAAUGGAGAGAGGCCGCAGCGUGGUGCGUCUUUCUGAAUACAUUUACCUGCUGCUCCACCGCGGCAGGCAAGGAGACGAAAGCCUGGAGAACACUGACUCUGCUCCGGCCUCGGCUCCGGCUUCAGCCACCUCCGCUGCAACGUCUAGCCUCACCACCCCACUACCCCCUCCCUCCACCAGGUCCUCUGCCCAGCCUGGAGCAACACCCUUGAGCACCGUUUACGCCAAACCUCUGCUCUGCCAGCCGGUCAUGCUGCAGUGGAGGAAAGAUAUCAUGGUGCACUUUGUGGUACCAGUGAAAAACCAGGCUCGCUGGGUGCAGCAGUUUAUCUCCGACAUGGAGAAUCUUCAUCGUCAGACCAAGGACGACAAUUUCAGCAUCAUCAUCGUUGACUUUGAGAGCGAAGACAUGGAUGUGGAGCAGGCACUUAGAGAGAGCAGUGUACCUAGAUAUGAAUAUCUUAGGAGAGAAGGGAACUUUGAGCGCUCAGCAGGACUGCAGAUCGGAGUGGACACCAUUGAGGAUAGCCACAGCAUUGUGUUCCUGUGUGAUCUGCAUAUCCACUUCCCUCUCAACAUCUUGGAGAGCAUCAGGAAGCACUGUGUGGAGGGACGUCUUGCUUUUGCACCUAUUGUCAUGAGACUCAGCUGCGGCAGUUCACCACAGGAGCCUGACGGUUACUGGGAGGUAAAUGGCUUCGGUCUGUUUGGAAUCUAUAAGUCCGAUUUUGAUAAGAUUGGAGGGAUGAACACAGAGGAAUUCAAAGACCGCUGGGGUGGAGAGGACUGGGAGCUGCUGGACAGGGUGCUGCAGAAUGGUUUGGAAGUAGAGAGACUACGCUUGAGAAACUUCUUUCACUACUACCACUCCAAACGGGGAAUGUGGAAUGCCCAAAACAGGAAAACUCCUAAAGGAUAGUGCCUCUUGCUGGUUGGAGGAUCCUAACCUACCUGCAGAUCCACUGUGUGUGAGAGAGACCUGUAGGAGCUCACUCACUGCCUGAACUCUGGCCUGUUUUUUUUUUUCAGACUCCUCACAGGGAAGCCUCUGUUUCGCUAUCGGCCCCUCUCGU